UAGAAAUGGAGAAAAAUAAAAAUUCAGGAAAAUGGUGUUGUGUGCCAAGCUGCAAGUGGGUGAAAGGGGACAAUAUUUCCCUACACUAUUUUCCAAAAGACAAGGAUUUAAGAAAAAAAUGGACAAUAGCUUGCAAAAUUGGGAAACCAGUGACACCCUACAUGCAAGUAUGCGGCAGACACUUCUCAGACUAUCACUUUGCAGGAGGUGCACAUGCAAAGGUACGGCGUUUAAAAACGUCCAUAGCUGUUCCUACAUUAUUUUUACCUCGUAGGCCACUGGAUCGAAUACCUACAGAUAAACAAAAAAAAGAAACCGAAGAACGAGCUGAAAGAUUGAACCGACGUCAAUAUCAAGUGAUAUGUCAACAGAGACAUUAG